UGCACGAGGUGUUUCCGGUUAAUUUUUUUUGCCUUAAAAGAUCUUACUUUCUAGUAAAAUAACUUUGGAAUCGUUGCAAUAAGAUUCAAGUUCACUGUGUGAAAUGGAUGACGGUUAUAAUGUGAAGAAAGAAAAAAGAAACGUUACGAAAGAGGAAGAUUAGGAAGAGAAACCAAAAUCGUGGAGGAGAAAGGGAAACGCGGCAGUCUCGUGGAAAAUGUGUCAUUUUCUGUCCUUCUCGGCUGGCAAGGAAAUUUAAAGGGACCGCGAAGAAUGGUGGCAGGAAGGGGUAGGAUUAUGUGCCGGGAUGGUGAAGGUGAGAGGGUAGUUAAAGGAUGAAAUAGAGUGGGAUGGAGGGGCGACGGGGAAAUUGAGUCUGGUUCCUUGUAUCUCGUUCGCCGCGCCCCGUGCCAUUAGUUGACCAUGGAGAGUAUCGUUGCGAAUCUCUCCCUCUGGAGGACCAGCUGACAGCCUCACUCGACCAAGUGAAACUAUCUACAAGUGAAACAAAUCAGUGUUCAUCGUUUACCAUUCUACAGUAAAGCUUUGCAACGAAAUAAACAACGAAGGAAAUGACUGCGAAGAAAGGAAAAAGAAUAUUCAAGGAACCACGCCAUAAAAUAGGAUAUAUUACGGAACAAAGGCUUCCUAAUUGCGAGGAGACGGGGUAGAUAUUUUUAACGAGUCUUUAUUAACACCGGUUUCUCCGUGUUAACUCCAAUUAGUCGGCAUGAAAGCAACGAAAACCUCAUCUCGAUUUUUCUUACUCAUAUCUUACAAAACGCAGAAAUUCCUGUUGAUUCAAUAUUUAAAGAAACAUACAUACUAUAAAGCAGGAGAAAAGAAGGUAUUGUGAGAGGAGAGAAAGAACGAGGAUGACGAAGAUAUCCUGCGGAACGUGUAUGGAAGUAUAUGUAUAUCUAUCCAGUGGCGGAGGGUCCGCCAGGACCAGCCAGCGAAAACCACCCCUCUUGCCCUUUCCAGUGAAGCGAAAACACACAGAGGGAGCUAGAGUGCGACAGGUGGAGAACAAGGAUGAAGAUGGAAGAGGAGGGAUAGGAGGGAUGGGCAUUUCGGGGUAGCGAAGGAGAAAGAGGCUAGGCUAGUCGUGUUUGGCUCGUGUGACGAGCGCAUGAGAGCGACGAGGAGGGACUUUGGAGGCGAUGGUGAAGAGGAUGGUGGCAGGCGUUCGGUGGACGAAGAGGGGAAGGAUUAGAGGGUGAGAGUUAGGGGCGAUGUAGUGGGGGAUAGAGGCUGGUUCCGUGCGUUUCGUUGGAGAACUCGUACCACUGGGCGACCGUAAAGGUCGUCGUUGCUCUCUCUCCACGUCGGCACAUAGAAGUCGAGCAGCUGGCAGCAACGUCAGCAACGAGGAACGGAUCAGUCCACCGUGUGCCAGCCUCCAGUGAGCAGGCUCCAUUGCGAAUCCGAGUCCUUCAAAAUGGACUUGAUCCUGGACAUCAACAGCUGGCUUUACCCUAUGGAACUUGGUGAUAAAUUUCGUUUGGUUCUUGCAACGACCUUGAGGGAGGACGGUUAUCCCGAUGGAGGGGAGUGGAACGCGACGGAACAGGAAGGCGGCUCCAGAGCAGAUAGUUUUGAAUACGUGAUGUCCGGUAUGGUUUAUCGAAUCGAAGGUGACGAGGCAAGCAACGAACCUAGCAGUAGACUAUCUGCCUACGUAUCCUUUGGAGGAUUACUGAUGAGGUUACAGGGUGACGCAAACAACCUACACGGUUUUGAGAUCGACCAGCAUAUGUAUCUAUUAAUGAAAAAAUUGGCGUUCUAACUGCAUUACAUACGCCGCAAUUAUUGAUUUAGGAAAUGUGUGUAUAUUAAAUGCAUUCUUUUCAAGGAGAACGUUAUUAUUGAUCAAUCUAGGAAAAAUAUGAUUGAAUUGUUAGAAGUUAUUAAUGAUAUGAUUGCAGAAAGAAAUAUCUUGUAUAUUGUAAUAAUUGAGGAAACAGUACAUUGACGUAAAAGAGGAAAUAUGUAUUCUGUUUUCUAGCUGAUCGAUCACUAUUCAUAUUUUCCAAUUCAUGAAUCAUUACUAAGCAUUGUCACUGCCAUUGCGAUUUUCAGAUACAUGCUAACUAAUAAAGGUAUUUUUCCACGUAAAAAAUAA